AUGGAAGAACGGUCACGAGGAGGCCUCUGCUUGGGCCCAGUGGCCAACCUGACGCGCAUGAGUGGAUCGAGCCUAUUUGUUUGGUCACAGCGUACACAAGUUGUGGUUCCUGCGCCCUCUACUCUCCCUUCAUCAACGCCAUCGACCAUGGAACAACCAUCAAGCGUAGCCCCCGCAAUGGAUGGUGGGUCGACGAACAUGUUGAUGCGCGGUGCAGCGUACAGCAAUUUCGCGGAAGCCGUGGCGUGGUUUGCAAGGGAGAACGCGAACUUAGCAGAGCCUCAAGUACGGGAAGCUGUUGGGGGGCUACCGAGGGAACAAGCGCAGGACGCGAACCAAGAAGCAGCUGCCACCAUCUUUGUUGAACAAGGAAUAGAGGAAGUCGGAGUAGACCAACUUGCUGGACCGAGUUUCGAGGAUCACCGACAAUUCAAUGACGGUACAAGUGGUCCUAUGGCCGACGUCUUUCAACAACAACGCCCGGCGGGGGAACAUCAGAACUUCCCAACCGCGGGGUCGUACCAAGCUCCUUUCGAGCUCGCCCGAGGUCACGUCGACUUCGAAAUCCCAAGCCUGCCUCUGGAGGAGCUGGACGUCUAUGGUAUCGAUGCGAGAGUCCAAGAAGAAUACAACGCCCUGGUCCGUGGGAGCGAAGGGGAAUUCGUAUGGGAACCCGUAAGAGAGAAUCAGAUGGCUCCUGAAGCGCUCGAAAGUUCGCCUCAGCCCGCUUUCCGUGGUGCCUCUCCUGUAGGGUCGCUCACCUGGACCCAUAGCCUCAACUCCGAGUUCGUCAUUUCACCAGCAGAGACCUUCACCAGCAAUGUCUACCUAUUCUUUGGACAUGUUGCUAGUGCCGCGGGGCCCGUGCGGAGCGAGAAGAUCAGGGCAUAUAGGAAUGGGUCGUCAGACUCCAGACCGAUGAAACCGGAGGACUGGCCUGGGGAUAGACACUGGUUUAGGCAAGGGCAUCUCCGCGAAGAGCAGAGAAAGCUUGCAGAAGCUGUGGGCGCUGCGUUUGCCACGAUGGCUCCGGUGUUGCUGCAGGAGACCGAGGCGCUGAGCUGUUGUUGGGAUAUGGGCAGGGGCCGUCAGUGCGGCCGCAGGGUCACCAGGGAGGGCCUGUUCCAGCAUUAUAGUAUAUCCCACAAGGUUCACGAGGUUGACGGGAGGGUGAGAUGCCGUCAGAUAGACAGCGAGGGAGGGACUUGCGGGGUUACUCUGACAAUCGCGGACAUGGAGAAGCACCUUCUCAAGGCUCAUCAAAUACGCCGGGCGAAUAGGGAGCAUCUGUGUACUCUCGAUUUUGCAAACUCACAGAGUCAGCUUUCACGACAAGCUGCGCGUCGUGUAAUAGCAGAAACCGGGUUUCGCGUCUUUCAGUUGAGAGUACCUAGAACGGUAGUCAGCGAACAACACGAGGACGAGGACCAUGACCUUGAUAUUCAGCGACAAAAUUCUGAUGAGAAACAUUAG